AUGGAAAUCAUCAGGAGGAAGUUUACAGUUUCAGAUGUUAAUUUGAAUCUUAUAGCAGUGGUUUUUACAAAAAAUACCUAUUUUUGGGUGGGAGAUAACAGUUAUACUUGUAAGGAUCUUCAAUGUUCAUUUCCACUGAAAAAUAUCAAAGAUGAAGAAUCGGCAGGAACAACUCUCUUGGGGAACCUGGAUUCCAUAUCAAAUGAAAUCGCAAACACACUAGCAAAAAUUUACAAAAGAGGUAUAUUUAUGAGUGUAAAUAUAGAAGGGCUGGAUUCCUCGUUUCUGCCGGAGUUUCAAGAGAAGUUGUUUGAGCUCAUAUUUGAACUUUUUCCGAGAGAAAAAACCGAUUCUUUCGUCUCGGAAACAACUUUUCAAUUAACAUUAAACAAUUCAACUCUAAUGUUAUUGAAAGGGAUGAAACGCGGUGUAGAAAAAAUUGAUAAUUCGGAACCGACAUCAAAUGACAACCAGGCCGAGCCGAACACAUCAAAUGAACAAUAUAACCCGUUGUUCUCAGCCAAAAGUAAACUUAGCGCAUCGAUGUAUGACGCGGAAUCGCAGAGCAGUGAGCAGUCAAUGUAUGAAGAUUUUGGGGAAUUUGACCCCUCAAACUUUAGGCUGACUCCACAUACAACAAUAUCGCCAAAAAGAGAAGCGUGCCUGUCAAGCGAAUUUAAAUCGGUAGAUAGCUACGAUUCAUUUACAGUAUUGUCAAUAGAAGACUCUGAAGAUUUCAUGGACGACAAGGAUGUUAAUAAGUAUAAGUUGGAAGAGGAUUUGGUAGUGGACAAUAGCGACGACGAAAAUAAUGUGAGGGAGACUGAAGUAGAUAAUGAGAAAAGUAAAAUGAAUGUAAGAGUAUCUGAUGAAAAAAAGAAAGGAAAUUUAAGGGAACAGGUGUUAAUUGACUUGGAGACAGAUAAAAAAGAAGAGAUCAAUGAAGUAACAGCAGGAAGUGUUAGUUUCGAUAUUAGGAAGAGUUGUCGUUUAAGGGACAAAUCAAUAGGGAAGAUGACAAGCGGAACGGAUAGCAGAGAAGAUAGAGAUAAUUUGGAUAGCCGAAGAAUAAUAAAGUAUUUUAAGCACGAAAAGGUAAGUGAAGUGUGCAAAAGACUUAAGGAGGACCUGAUAGGAACGAGAGGACAGAACCCAGAAGACUUCCCACUAUCGGACGAGUUGCCCUUCUCAGAAAGAGUGUACAACUAUAUAUCGGAUCUGAAGGCAUACUCGACAAUAAGCAGCAACGAAGCAAACUACUCGAGGUUGUCAUCAGUAGACUUUAGAGCACUGCAGACGACGGACACGUCAGACACUAUGGGAGCAGACGAGAGAGCAAGGGACUUUGAAAAGGAGCUAGAACCACAAGAAGAGGAACAACCACAAUCAUCACAAGUAUCAAACGAAGAAACGGAGGAAAAAAAGGCUUUAAAGGAAGUUGAAACACACAACUUAAAUAAAGAGAAACCAGAAAUAUUUGGGGAAGAUGACCACAAAGAAGACACGAAUCAACAGUACGAACACGGAGAGGAUAGGAAUAAAGAGAAUGAACGAGGAGAAGUUGAGAAGCUAAAAAGCCUGGAUAAUGUGAACAGUUUAGACAGACUUAAUAGUUUGGACAGACUAAACAGUCUAGAAAGAAUUGACAGUUUCGACAGAUUGAACAAUUUAGAAAGAAUUAAUAGUUUGGAUAGACUUAAGGUUGGAAACAAAACAAAUACGUUGCAAAAUGUGAACCGUAUGCACAACGUGGCAACUGCACAAAAUUCUGACGGUGUACAAGCAGAUGCAAGUAAAAGUAAAUAUACUAAUAAUGAAAGAGUUAAUGCAGAGAAUGAAGUCAGUUACGAGGAUAAAACGACGACAGACCGGUUAGUAGAUGAAAGUACGAGUAAGCUAGUAAGUACGAAGAGAGGAGUGGGAGGAGAAGAGUGUGAAAGUUGGGAAGGCCUGGAUUGUAUGCCGUCAAGUCACGGAGUAAACCUGGUGUAUAGCUGCCUGAGAAGCAUCAAGAUCGUGGUGGGAGAUAACCUGCACGAAUACGACGCGUACACAGGAACGAAGAAGUACAUGAAAGAGUUCAUAGAACUGCUGAGAAGAGGAAACGAAGAGGAAAGGAAACUGAGAGUCGAGUUCAUAGCCUUGGAAAAAAACGAUUACAGCCUGGAGGCAACAAGAAACAGUUACCUGAGUCUGAUGAAGGAAAACGGAAGACUGAAGGGGCUGCUGAGUUACUAUAAAAAUUACGAAAAAUUACAGAGAGACACAAUUAAGCUGAAGAGCGAUAACAUAGCAGUGACGAGAAGCGAGAUACUGAGUAAGCUGAGCCAGUUCCAGGAAGUGAGUAAGCUGGCGGAAAAAAAUGAGAGGAUGCUGGCAGCAGAGAGGAGUCUGCUGAGCGUGUACGACCAGACAGGGUUCUUCAUCCUGCCGCUGCAAAACGAAGGAUUCCACAACUUCGCAUACGUAAUCAACUAUAACUACUACACGCAACACGUGAGGAGCGUAGGAAAGGGGAGAGAAAAAAGAGGAACGAGAGAAGAAAGGUACAGAGAAGAGGGAGCAGGGAAGAAAGAUAGCUUUGCACAGAGAGACGAGAAGGCGAGAGGAGAGCUGAGAGCAGAAAUGCUGGAAAAACUGAGAGUCCUGGAAAGUUUGCCGUACAAGCCGAAAAAAGUCGACCCCGACCUGGAGUUGAAAGUGUUCAUGUACUUUGAAAGUUGCACAACAACGUCCUCAGAUCAGUACAUGCUGAUGGGAUCGAACACGUCAAACAGCAGCAGAAGUAACUACGACUUGUUUGGAGGAAGUAAGACAUUAAGUAACGGAGACAGCAAGGAAGGAGGGAAGGGAGGAAGAGGAGGCAUGGCUAACGGAACCAGCAGAGUGGCGGGAAAAGUAAUAGGAGUGGAAGGUGGCGGGAGCACAAGGAACGAGUUCAAGGAAAUUAACGUAAACAUAGACAAGAACAUGAAUAUCGACCUGUACACGCUUAAAAAUGAACUUAAAUUGGUGCUGUACUCACCAAUACACAAGGACUCAGCGUACUACAGAUUUAAGCACGACCUGGUGGUGUACUUCAACAGCACCCUUAACACGCUCUUCAGCGAGUACCUGGAGGAUCAGAAUGAAACGCUCCAGCUGAAGGAAGUGCUGAGUCAAGUCGUGGAGUUGACUAAAGACCUCAACGUGAGGUUCGUGUACUACUUGAGGCAGUUCAGAGACCUGGUCAACAUGUCGACUAACUACAAUUACGCACGCGAGAACGAGCAACAGCGGAGCAGUGUGAGCAGACUGAACGGAGAAAACAAGAAAAACAAGGUCCUGAGGCUAAUGCUGACCUUUAAAGACAACAUGCCGUGCCUGUGGUGCAACGUCAGCUUCAACUUUAACCACAGGUACGCGAGGAGCCAUAAACAGUCACUCUACAGCAGCGUGACCAGGGAAAGAGGAGCCGGCAGGGAAAACCUAGUGAGCUCAGUGCAGUUCGAGUUCGUCCACUCACUAAACAAGGGGUUCCUGAGCAGAUACAAGGAGCCCCUGCUGCAAAUGAACAGGGCGCUGGCCUGCGCGGAGGACGGCAACGUGGCGGACCACGUGCUAACAGCGCUAAGUUCACAGCGCUUCCACAUGUAA